AUGACUGAAAUUCAAAUACAAUUCAAAUAUAAUGAAACAAUUCGUAGUGCCAUAAUUGAUGAGCCAGUCACAUAUGAAGAAUUGGAGUAUGAAAUAAAGAACGAGAUUCCGAAGAUAAGAGACAUAGAAUUUGGCUUAAUGUAUGAAAACCACGAUGGUGAUUACGUCGUUUUGAAUAAAGAUCCCCGAUGUCUUCACCUGGCAAUCACGUCUUCUUCAGUUGUUCCUGGGACGGAUUUAAAGCGAUUGAAAUUGCAAAUUUUCGUAGGACAUUCACCGUCACAACGAAAAGAAAGAGAUUUGGACAGCCCUGGGUGUGCCCUGAUCCCAAAACCAUAA